AUGAAACCGUUGAUAUUUCAUUGCGCUGAACCCUCGUCCGGCAUUAGCCAAUCAGAGUGCCGCAAACUGCUGCCAAUCCAAAAUGGCCGACUGUUCAGCCUGUGGCAGAUGCUGCUGCUGUUCCAUGGCAGGGGGUUGGCAUAAAUCCAAUAAGUUCAGUUCUGAGCAUUCAGAGCAAUCAGAAUUUAUUCCAAUUCGAGCUUCCAAGCAGAACAGACCCAAGGUCCUUUCAGUCGUAUCAGAAUAGCAUCAUAUCCGACUGCAGCCUUUGCAGCCAUGCAACAUCCGAACGAUCAACCCACAUAUAUGCCAGAGGUGCCAUUUCAGCCACUGUGGGGCCAGGAGGCACCGCCACCCCCGCCAAUUGUACCCUAUCAGGAGCUAAUUGCUGGAUUUCCUUGUACCGAUUUGUCGCUGUGGCAAAGAUCGCAGGUGGCACCGUUAGUAAAUCAACGUUCGAGUUCAAAUGGACGCACCAACGGUUCCUCCUCAUCGUCCUCGAAGAAAACCCGUCGGCGUGUUGCCUCCAUGGCCCAAAGACGUGCUGCCAAUAUACGCGAACGCCGUCGCAUGUUUAAUCUGAAUGAGGCCUUCGAUAAGCUGCGUCGCAAGGUUCCAACCUUCGCCUACGAGAAGCGACUCUCCCGCAUUGAGACCCUUCGUCUGGCCAUCACCUACAUUGGCUUUAUGGCGGAACUGUUAAGUGGCACGCCCUCCAACUCCCACAAAUCCCGUUCGGACAUCUACGGUGGCAUGAACGGACAUCAUCAUCCAUCAGCUGUAGGACCUCCAGGUCCUCCAAUGCAUCCACAUCAUCUACAUCCAUCAGCCUACCAACGGGACUUUGCCUCGCCCUACAAUCACAGUCUGACCUAAAACACUUCUCCCAACUAAGGAGAGGGGUGUUUAAUCUUGUUCUGUGUUUCUGUUGCCAUGUCAUGAGUUAAAGCUUAAGUUUAAAAUAAAUGUUAGUGUGUGUUCUGUGCAAUAU